AAGCUGAACAACGGCUGGCAAGCUAAGCAGUUUUGCUUGAAACAGAACACAAUCGCAGUUUCCCUGUUGCUUGGUUGCCUGGUUGGUAUACCAGACAUUCAACACCGCCCCUAAUUCCAUAGUUCUCGGCAUAGUUGCAUUGCUUCACGAAUCAUACAAAUUACACAGACUACGUCGAGUUUAAGGAUUUUCAGUUGAUCUUUUGCUUAAUUCAAAGGGUAUCCCAAGUUUUCUCUUCAUUUCGGAGGGUACCCAUCAAGUAGUUUCCGCUGUUUUUACAGAAAUCUCUUUGGGUUGCUCUUUUGGUAUCUGCUCCAAUCUGGGGUUUCCGAAAUUCCAUGAGUUUAAAUUGAAUUUGGGGUCGCGAGCUUGCUUUUGUAGUUUUGUUUGAGUACUACUCCGACAGAUGUGUGCUCGUAGUUGAGAAGAGUUGCUUCGGAAUCAUCUGCAUGGCGAAUUCCGAGGCAAGUGGUAGAGUUUAUGACUCUGGAAGUGACAAAGUUGGCAGAGAAUGCGAGGGGGAAGCUGCAGUAUCAGUGUUAGAAGGAAUGUCUUCAUGCGGGAUCCAAGAAACAUCGCCUGAUUUACUGAAGAAUACUCCUUCGAACAUCGCACGACUGGAAGAUGUUAUUGAGCAAUGCAAAGGUAGACAGAAGUAUCUUGCACAAACUAAGAGUCCUUCUGAUGGAGAAGACGUUCGGUGGUAUUUCUGCAAGGUUCCUUUGGCAGAGAAUGAACUAGCAGCAUCAGUCCCUCAAACAGAAAUAGUGGGAAAGAGUGAGUAUUUUCGAUUUAGCAUGAGGGAUUCUCUUGCACUGGAGGCUUCUUUCUUGCAGAGAGAAGAAGAGUUGUUAUCAAGUUGGUGGAGAGAGUAUGCAGAAUGUAGUGAAGGUCCUAGCAGAAAAAUCCUUGGUUCCAACAAAUCAAAAGUGCAGCCUAAAUCAUGCUCUUCUGAUAGUGGUCCAUCAACCCAGUUAUAUCCAAUUGAAGAGGAGAGAGUUGGUGUCCCUGUAAAGGGAGGUCUUUACGAGGUAGAUUUGGUUAUGAGACACUGUUUUCCUGUUUACUGGAGUGGAGAAAACCGACGUGUUCUAAGAGGUCACUGGUUUGCUCGUAAAGGAGGUCUUGAUUGGCUUCCAUUGCGUGAAGAUGUUGCUGAGCAAUUGGAGUUUGCAUAUCGCUGCAAGGUCUGGCAUCGGAGGACGUUUCAGCCAUCGGGUCUUUUUGCAGCACGAGUAGAUUUACAAGGCUCUACUCAAGGCUUGCAUGCUCUUUUCACUGGAGAAGAUGAUACUUGGGAAGCUUGGAUGAAUGCUGAUGCCUCUGGUUUUUCUAGCAUUGUUGGUUUAAGAGGAAGUGGAAUUAAAUUAAGGCGUGGAUAUUCUCCAUCUGGAUCUCCAAAACCUACACAGGAUGAAUUACGUCAACAGAAAGAGGAAGAAAUGGAUGACUACUGUUCCCAGGUUCCUGUCCGGCAUCUAGUAUUUAUGGUUCAUGGUAUUGGCCAAAGGCUGGAAAAGGCUAAUUUAGUUGAUGACGUUGGUGAUUUUCGUCAAAUCACAGCAAGUCUUGCUGAGCGACACCUAACUUCAUAUCAGCGUGACACUCAGAGGAUUCUCUUCAUCCCUUGUCAGCCUGCACCAAAGAUGUUCUUUGUGCUUAUUCCUCCUUUUGAACUUGAAGAAUGCUCUGAUACCAACUUGAACACUAUUUCUGGUAAUCAGAAUCAGAUAGAUGAUUGCUUGACUGAAAUUAUCUCCAAGAACAAGUUGGAUAACAGUCUAGGCAAGCUGGACAUGUACAACAUAUAUGUUCAGCUUGAGGGAGUAAUGCAGAUAUGGAUGCAAAGAAAGAAAUUGAAGAGAAAGGGUGAGAUG